GAUUUCAGUGACAACGCAAUUUCUUCCAUUGGCAAACAGGUGUGGAGGGCCUAUCCUUGGACUGAAUACUUGAUUCUCAAGAACAAUCACUUGAGCAGACUGAACAAUAAAUCUCUGGAUGGCUUGCUUUCACUCACACACCUGGAUGUCUCGUGUAAUCAAAUCCAGACCAUAGAGAGAAACGCAUUUGAACCUGUUCCGUUUCUGCAAUUUAUCAAUCUCAGUGGCAACCUUAUUGAGCAGAUAAUGCAGGGGGCAUUUCAGGCUUGGCACGGGAUGCAGUUUCUAUUCAAGUUGGUUCUCAACCAUAAUCCACUGAGGGUCAUUGAGGAUUCCAGUUUCUACAAAUUGCCCUCACUGAAAUUCCUGGACCUUGGUUCUACAGAAAUAACCCCAGAUAUACUAGAGAAUUUGCUCAAAAUCUCCUUGAAGUUGAAAACUCUUAUCUUGCCUAGGAAGAUGUCUUGCUGCCUUUGCAGAAUUCAGGAUGACAUUGAAGUCUUGUGUAAGACCGUCAAGUUGGAUUGCAUCAACAAGUGUGCCUCAAACAUCACUCAGUGUGAGAAAGAGGAGCUUUUGGGAAGUAUGCAAGAUGAAGUAAUGAAAGUACUAGAAACAAGGAAACUGAAUGCCAGCAGCAUACUGAGUAUUGUGCCUGAAAAACUUUUACACCAUAAUGUUACUCUGUCACUCUUGGUGACCCAUGGACACUCUCACUUAGGUAUCCGUUUUCAUAAACACAACCCAAGUCUUUUCAAAUCAGCCAGUCAGUUAAGUAAACUGAUACCUGAUGAAUACGUGGACGUGAAGUGGAAUGAUAAAAAUGAGCUGGAGAAGCUGUACAAGUUAGCCAAUCUGCUACAGGUGGCUCUCAAGGCAAAACUAGCAGAAAAUGAAGAGGAGACUCAAGAGACAGAGGUCCAAAAGGAAUUGCCUAUUGAAGUUUCAGAAGAUUCUGGUGACAUCAUCCUGAGGACUAAAAGCCAUCUGAAAAGGGUGAAGAGAAAUCUUUGGCUUGGGAAAAAUCCAAGGGGAAAAGAGUCAUUUCUUAGGUUGCGCAGAAAAAGGCAAGAAUUUGCAAAAUCCACCAGACAACUUGCAGGAGAGCAAGGGAAACUAGCCUCAGGUAUCAUGGCUGAAAGAUGGAGGAAGCUAGCAAGGGGACUAAAUCCUCAGAGGGUUGCUUCGCUUAGCAGGCUUCAUCGAGCAGCACUUCAUUCCCUACAUAAGCGCUCUAUUUUCCAUCUUCCAACAAAGCUGCCUCCCUUGACUGCUUCUAUUGUAGUAGACGAGAGUGCUGAGGACCUGGCUGGUAAAGUGGUCAUUAUUCUGAAAGCUGCCAACAGAUCAUCAAAGCCCAGCCACGUAAAGGACAUUCUGAUCAGUGAGGAGGAGAAAGAGGCAGAUACUCAGAAUGGACAAGACGCAGAGAAAGGUCUUGAGCCUCAGGUAUCAAGUAAGGAAAACCUGCUCAAUCACUUAAUAAUUGGAGGGGGCAAAUCCAGAAUCCCUACUGAUGACUCAGAAACUUUGAAUGAACUCUCACCUGAUAUAACAUUGUCCCAUGAGACACAUUGGGAGCAUCAUGAACAGACCACCUCUGCUCCCCCUUCACUUGAUUUUUUGCCAGCCACUGAUGACUAUUUGCUUCAGGGCGAUCUCUUUGAAGCUGAGUUGAACAGACGGUUGGCAUCCCUCAUCCCAAAUGAGCCUGUCAGGAACCUCAUCUCCCACGUAAUCCGUAUCCUGAAAAUGGACUGCACAGAACCCACUAUCCAGAUGGCUUGUGCUAAACUCAUCUCUAGGACAGGCCUUCUCAUGAAACUCUUCAGUGAGAGAGAAAACAUCCAGGAGGCAUCUGCUCUAUGGAAGUCCUAUUUCUGGCCUGCUACAAAUGAAGCCAACAUGACUACGCCAAGCUCCAGGAAAAUGCAGAAACCUUCUGAUGAGAUAGCAAGGCAGGGGAUUCCACAAUAUGGGUAUGGCAACAAGUUGCUGUUGGCUAUUUCGGUGACAGCAGUGAUAAUGGUUAUUAUUGCAGUAAUUUGUCUGAUUGAGAUCUGUUCUCAACGAUCUGCAAAAGGAAGGGAAGGAACCCCUCAGGAAAGACGGACUUUUCUGGGUAGAAAGAAGAAAGGUACACCAGAAAAACAGACUUCAGCAUCUUCAUUUGAUAAGCCUCUUUGGCUCAAAGACAUGUAUCAGCCUCUGGAUGAAAUACGGAAAAAAGACAUGAUUGAUAAAUUACAUGAUGAAGAAUCCUCAGAAGAGGAAGACAUAUUCAAUUGGGCCAGUGCAAGGCCCCCAGAAGUCCCUGAGCCUCUUCCUGUGGAAACACUGUAA